AUGCCCCGUCGCAGAGCAGCAACAGUUACUGAUACAGAAAAGGUCAAAGCUUUCGUGGAAAUCCUGUAUCGCGGUCGUUCAGCAGUUAGCUGUAACACUGGCGCUGAGCUGACGGCACUGCUAGCUACCUCCACCAACGACCGACGUCGCCUUCUUCUCCUGGAGGCGAAUGGUAAGAGUAUUCGUCUAAGGAAAACGAAGAAGAACGCGAAAGCACCCCUGGAGCCGGGUCGCGGCGGCCGAACAGUAAAACGCCUCAAAUUAGCAAAGUUAACGGACUGUCGUCAGUUGCAGGACACGGGCGCCUGGGGCGAGAACCUGCUCCUGCUGCAAUUCAGGACUGGCCGCAGUAGUAAACCAGCCAAGAAACCCGACGAGGUUGUGGUUUUGCGUUUUCAGGAUGACCAAAAAAUGGCGCAAUUCCAAAACAUGGUUCGUGGAGUCAGAGAGGUCAGUGGACCUGUCGACUCGCAACCACCCGCUGCCGAGGGGCCCGGACAGAAGGGGAAGGUGAAAUGGGGAAAAGCGGAAGAAACGAAGCCGGGGUCGGCUGUUUCCUUCCACGUCCACCUCUUCCACCUCCUCAUCUUCCUCUUCACUGACAAUUCCAUCACCCCCCAGCCCGUACGCGGAACCCAAAGUGGUAACUUGAUUAAUGUUAAACUAACCUGA